CGCGAGAGCGGCAGCAGCAGCAGCAGCAGCACAUCAGCGUUUCCUGUGUUUCACACCUUCACUGAACUUCCAUCUAAACUCCUCACAAAAGUUACUUUAUCACUGAUAAAGUAUAACAUGCAGGCUAUAAAGUGUGUCGUGGUGGGAGACGGUGCCGUGGGUAAGACAUGUCUGCUCAUCAGUUACACCACCAAUGCCUUCCCCGGAGAGUACAUCCCUACAGUGUUUGAUAAUUACUCGGCCAAUGUGAUGGUGGAUAGCAAACCUGUCAACCUGGGACUUUGGGAUACAGCUGGACAGGAGGAUUACGACAGGCUCCGUCCUCUGUCCUACCCACAGACGGAUGUGUUUCUCAUCUGUUUCUCACUGGUGAGCCCGGCAUCGUUUGAGAACGUCAGAGCCAAGUGGUACCCGGAGGUGCGGCACCAUUGCCCCUCCACACCAAUCAUCCUGGUUGGGACCAAGCUGGAUCUCAGGGACGAGAAGGAGACCAUUGAGAAGCUGAAGGAGAAAAAGCUGGCUCCGAUUACCUACCCACAAGGCCUUGCACUGGCUAAGGAGAUAGACUCAGUAAAGUAUUUAGAGUGCUCGGCUCUCACCCAGCGCGGACUCAAGACGGUGUUCGACGAGGCCAUCCGGGCUGUGCUCUGCCCGCAGCCCACCAAAGUGAAGAAGACCGCCUGCUCUCUGCUCUGAGGACUUCAGGGAAUGACAAGAUGCCGCUAAGAUCUGUGGGAAGUAAUAUAAAAUUUAAUAAUGCAUAUCAUAGGUGGCUGAAGCUCUUUUUAUGUUCAUGGUUUAUCAACCAUGAUGUUUUUAUUUCUUCAACAAAAUAAUAUGUAUCCUAAUAAGAUAAAACAAUAUUUAAAGUGUAAUAUUGUUAAUUACUGAAGAAUGCUGUGGGUGUGCAGUGAUUGUGAUCUGUACUGUAUGUGACCGCCUGUGGAGGGAAAAAUACCAAUUUUCAGCUCCCCAUUAGUACAAAACGUGUGGGUGUAUUAGAAAAAGUCUGACAUGCAAUCCAUUGCUAUAAUGGGAGUGUUUUAUGAUUGGUUCAACUUCUGCUGGAUUUCACAAUUAAUAUAAAAGAAUUGUGAUGCACUUGGAUACUGUGCGGUGGCUACUGUGUUGACAUUAAUAUAAAUAAUAUAUCUGAUGUUGGAUCUUUCUACAGUGCAGAAAUAAAACCUCCUGUUUUCAGACAA